AUGCCGCCGGAGCGAGCUGUUGCCAGACAGUUCCCGAACGUCGACUUCUACGGGAACGACAUCACGGCCAUCUACGGCAUUCAGCCCGUCUCGGGUAUCUUGACGGGAUCGUCAACGACCCCGACCCCGGCGCCGACGCCAACGCCAACGCCAUCAUCGCCGACCUGCACCACGGCACCAUACGGCACCUGUGGUUCCAGUAACGGAGCUACGUGCUGCCCGAGCGGCUACUAUUGCCAGCCGUGGAACGACACUUUUUACCAGUGCAUCCAACCACCAGCUAAAUGCUCCAAGCAACUCACUGACAAGGAUUACUACGGAAAUGACAUUAAGACUGUCUACGUGAGCCUCCCAUCGCUUUGCUGCGAUACCUGCGCUAGCACGGCCGGGUGCAAGGCGUACACGUACAUCAACAACAACCCCGGUCAGCCUGUGUGCUACUUGAAGAGUGCUGCAGGAACUGCCACCACCAAGGUCGGAGCUGUGUCGGGGACUCUCAACUAG